AUGUUUAUUGACAACUCAAUUAUUGUUAAUGAAUGGGCAAUGGAAUUAGAUCCAAUGUACUCAACCUUGUCAACAUCAAAAAGAAAUAAAAUGAUACAUUACGCGAUAUAUGAUUGUUUUGCAGCAACAUGUUUAAUUCGACCUGUUACAUUAUAUUGGACAUUUCAACAGGUAAAAAAACUUAAUAUUCUUGAUUCAUUUCAGGCAUUACCAUCAUCAUCACGAGCUAAUAACAACCCAACAAAUACAAAUAUUAAUCAAUAA